AUGAUCUUUCUUGGCGCUUUAUUAAAUGUAUUGUUUACAAUGCGUAUUCCAUACUUAAAUAUACCAUGUAUAGUAAAUGAAACAUGUUUUCAUGGACAAUGUAUUCAUGUUGAUGAUUAUCUUAUUAAUUGGUAUGAAUUUUGUUUAUGUGAUCAUUCUUAUUCUGGUUAUGAAUGUAAUGAACAAACAAAAUUAAGUCGAACUGAUUGGUUCAUCAUUUUAAUAUGUUUAAUUUCAUGUUUAUUUAUUUGUUUUUGUCUUUUAUGUAUUCCAUUUUUCUACAGUUUUUUAAAAGAUGAUUUUUAUCCACAAAUAAUCGAAUGUACACGUUCAACACCAUAUGUUGAAGUUAGUUCACCAAAUUCUGUUAAACUUACAGGUAUGCGAAUUUAUCGAAUACCAUCUGAACAUUUAUCACGACGACAAACGAUUAUUGAUGGACUUAUACCAUUACAUACAAUAUCAUCACUUGCAUAUUUAACUCAUUUUAGCAAUCCAAGAUUUCAGAGAAGAAAUGAACAAAUACAUACAUCAACAAAUGAAUUUAAUUGA